AAUUAUAACAACGAAUGGAGAAUCAAGCGAGUAGUUUUAUUCGUUGAUUGCUGAAAAAUAGCUAAUUUUUAUCAAGAGUAAUUUAUUCUUCUUCGAAGAAAAUCCAAAAAUAAAAAUAAAUAUUACUGUUAAGUAAAAUUUCUUUCAUAGAAAUCUUCGCUGAGAAAUAUUAUAAGCAAAGUAUACCUAUCAUUCACGUGCAUAACGAAACAUCGUAGUAUUUUCCAAUUGUGACAACGAAAAUGGAAGAUCGUAAGUGAAUUUCUCAUUGCAAAAUAUGAAUAUGUUUGCUAUGGACUAUAAGUUAUAACAUCUGUUGAAAUAAUAUAAUUAAUGUAUGCUUAUGUAUCGGAGUAUCGCGCAAAGAUUCACAUUAGUCCAUAUACAUGUGCCUAAGCUAGUGAGUCAUCUCGAGUUGGACCGGUCAAAUCAAUACGGUAAAAAUAUAUGCUAUGUUUUACCGACAUGCUCCAGUGGUAUUCUAAGAUAAAGCUGGAUUUUCUAUAUACAACAAUGUUUCAAUAUCAACAGAAUUGAUAGCAUUUAGCAAUAUAGGACAUCCACAACUACGUGGCAUAUGCAUAUGUAUAUAGGUAUUUUCUGACAUUUUAUUUAACGUGAUAGUGUAAAGCCUUAAUAGCGAAAAGCCAUAGUAAGAGUUAUAGCUUAUUGUAGUAAGAGUAUAUAAGAAAUUAAGAGUGUCGGAUUUGUUUAUUUUAGGCGACGUCAUCAAAAUAAAUAAUAACAUUUGUCGUUGUAUUAAAAACUGUUGAGAACAUAAGUAGGAAAGCCGAAUGAUAAUCCAAUUCUAUAAUAUGCAUACCUAUCUGGGCAAAGGUAUGGUUACAUGUUUAUCAUACAAGUAAAUCCGGCUAUACCGUUCGAAUAGUACUAUUGCAAAAAUUUUACAAUAAUACUUUAUACAUACAUACGGAUGGCAUAAGUUGCGUAGCAAAUAAGUAAAUUUUCUUGUUUAUAAGAUUAUGUCCUGAGAAUGUGAAGUUUAUGUUUUUUUAACAUGUACAUAACUUGUAAUUUAAACGUUCAAAAUUAAGAUCAUAUUGAAAUAGGUAAAAACAACAUUAAUGUUGAAGGGGCGUGUAAUUUAUAAAAUACCAUUAUUACUUUUUAUAUCUCCUCAUUUACAAUCGUCUAUUGGUUAUUAUAUGUAUGUACUUACGUACGCAUGUUUUGUAGACUGCUUUCUUGUUAAUAAUUACUAAUGACACUAGUAUACUAGAUACUGCCUGUUGCUAUAGUUUGCUACAGUAGUUGCUCAGCUUAAUGGUUGAGUCAUCGGUUUGUUGUUGCCGAAGUUUGCUUAUGUGUUAAACAGAUUGGUUAGAGGCUGGUUGUAUUCGGACGCUUGUUGAAUGAAGUUGCUAUUACGGUUUAUAAACCACAGUACCAGUGGCAGUAACGCUGAGCGACAACAUUGUGAACGUUGGAUAACUGAAAAGAGCUGUUGAAGUUGCUGACAUAAAUUUGUAUUUUGCUUUGUUGAAACGUUUGCGCUUUUCUAGUCAUAUUUUCGUUUUUUCUAACGUCUUCAAUCUUUGCUUUUAUUGCAAUAUGUUGUUACUCAGUUAGAUUUUAACCGUGAACGCCAACGGACGAACAUAAGCAAAAUAAUUUAUAAUUGUAUUAUGGAUUGAGUACACAACGCUCUGUUAACCUAAGUUUGAAGUUAAACAAGAGCAAUAUUAACUAUAAUCUCGAAAAAUAGUAUACGGCUAAAAUUAAAGUAAAGCAGUCCGAAUUCAAUUUUGUGUUUUACUUUGAUACACAAUUCAUGUUCAGCAACAGUAAUAUUAAAGCUAUUGCUGAGCAAAAAAGUUGCCACAUGCUAAAACUGCUUCAAUUAAAAAUGUUUCUUUUUUUAAUAAUUGAAAUGUGAUAUUACAAAUAAACUACGAUCGCUGAGAAAAGAGAAAGUGUGUUGAGUUCUGUUACCUUUUCCGCAACUUUGGCUCAGUGCUUGUUCAUGUAUAUGUACACCGCAUGUAUCCCGACUUAUUACAUCUUAAUAGUAAUUUCACUCUGCUUUUUUCGCAUGAGCUUGCCCUUGUCAUUGUUGUUGAAAACAUGACAGACUCCGAACCGGUCAGUUUGGAGUUCAUCGAAGAUCCAUAUCUGCCUAAAUUGGAUAAUAUCACAACUCCUUCACUAGAUGAGCCUACCGAAUUGGAUGAUCAAUUAGUUGACUUGGCCGAUUGGACAAAUGAGACUGAACAAUACUUAAGGGAUUUAACAUUAGAUCAAAUUUUUUACGAUGUAGAUUCAGAUUACACGAACACACUUGAACUUCAGGCUGUCGAAACGGAAUUUAUAGCAACGAAACUAGCCAAUCAAUUGCCUUCAACGUCAAUCGCAAAACGCUUCCGUUUACGGUUUUUUACGAAACGUACAAUGCGUGAGGUUAAAGUGACAUUUAUUGAUUUCUCUAAACCAUAUUUAGCCAAGAUUUCGAGUAGUGACAAUUAUAAGAAAUUCCUAAAUAUUGGUUCAUCAUUACCUUCCACAAUUACCAAAGACAAUACUUCAAAACUAUCGGAACCAGCAUCUCCAGUAGCAUCUGUUGCGUCCGCUGAUAUUGCUGCCGAGUUUGCCGCACUCACAGCAGAGGAGCAAGAAAAGCAACGGGCCGAAUGGAGUCAAGAACUUGCUCGAGUUGAAGAGGAAAUAAAUACAUUGCGUACAGUACUGGCAUCGAAAACGCGACAUGCCUCAGAUUUGAAACGCAAGCUGGGCAUUACUAUGUGGAAAGAAAUAACGGACGAUAUGAAUCAAGGCCUGAAGAAUGUAAAAGAAAGUUCUGUUUUUCAAAGCGUUGAACAAAGUGUUGGCAACAUUACGAAGGCCGUUCAUGAUGCCCCAAUUUUCCAACGUACCGAAUCGGUGCUCAAGUCGACAUCGGAAAAGACCGCUUCAGUAUUUGGUAGUAUAACUAGCGGCAUAACAUCAAAAUUCUCACAAAUGAAAAACUCGGAUUCGAUGCGUUCGAUCGAAGAGAAGGUUGGCUCAGCCUAUGAGAAUGUUAAAGUAAGCUAUGAACACAACAAUUUUUUGUGCCAACCCCAUGCGACAAGAGUAUCAACUUCGCGUUCGGGUUCAAUUAACAGUUUCCCUGAUGCCUUAAAUGAAAACAAUUCGUCGUCCGGCCUGAAUUCGCCAACGGAUUCAAUAACAAAAUAAGUUUGAAUUUUUAUUGAAUUGCGGUUUUUAAUAUAAUAUAUAAUUCAAAAUAUGUAUUAGCUUUUAAUUUGAAAAAAAAACACACACGCAUACAUAUAUAUACAUAUACAGAUAUUAGCUGGUGGAACAUUUUUUCUGAAUUUUCCGGUAAAAACAUUUGAUCUACAGUCUAUAUGCAUCCUUGAGUGAGUUGUAAAUUUGUCAGCACAGAAAAAUUAAAAUAUACAACUAAUAAUGUAAACACCAAGAAGCAAGCCAAACAUGAAUUUCUGUACACAUAUUUGACUUCUAAAGUGAUACAAAUAAUAAAAUGCCGACAAAUAAAAAUUUAGACUACUUUACAUAUAAUUUUUGAUAUCGGUGAAAAAUGCGAUGAGAUUGUUAUGUAUGUGGUUAUUUUUUUAACUAAAAACUAAACAUGUCAUGCAUGCACAUUUCCUGUCAACCACUAACUGAACGAUAUACAUAUGUAUGCUCUCGAUUUAUAAUUUUGUUUAUACACAUAAUAUAUUAAAACUAAUUUUUCUUAUUCAUACAAGAAAGCACAAUCAUUUAUAUGUAUGUUUCUUUUGUUUUCAAUUUGAAAUAUUCUGUUUUUCUUUUAGGCUUUAACCCGUUUUAUCCAAUGGCGCUAUUAACACUUAAUUUAUACUUUGAACUUUGGAUUUUUACAGCAAAAUCAUAAUUUGAUUAAAUUUAUUAAUGCUUAUUUGAAGUCACUGCUUGUAUUUACAUAAUAUACGAAUUAUUAAACAACACUGAAGUUAUGAGAUAAGGAUCGAUUUUGUGUGAACCGAUCUAUAGCUUUCACUGGAAAUAUUCCUACAAAAUUCUGUAUCUCAAUAUUCCACUUUAAAUACAUACAUAUAAUAAUAUUAAGUGUAUUUUUGCUAAAUAAAUAAGUAAAAAUUAUAUUUGAAUGUACGUGAAACAAAAAAAAAUAUAUACAUAUACACCUAUGCAUACACGAACAAUAUUAGUUUGUGCUUUUUUCGCUAAUACAAUAAAAACUUAAAUGAUGAAGUAAAUGUGGA